UGAUCAGACUAGAGUCAUCACAACAGUCUCAACAUUGUAGGAUGUGGAUGGAACUGCUUUCCUGAACCCACUCACGCGGCAUUGGCUUCCACUCUUCACUUGAGCCGCCUUAGUUUGUUUUGUGCUCCUCUAGGCCGAUCGGAUGACGAUUCAACGGUGUCCUGGACCACGCUUGUUGCAGUUAACCACGAGGGCUCCUUAGUCUAGUGGAGUCAGAUCCGGACUCCUGGAUAUCCUAUCACUCGCCUACCCCGUAGGGCCAUUUCUUAUCCCAGUCACGAACUCCUUGUCGAAGCCUGACCAAGUCAAUCCCACAUUUUUGAUUCCUCACCUCCCCGCGAUAUUGUGGACGGCGAUCGACAUCUCAGUUUGUGUCCAGCAUUUAGUGCUUGGAACCGAGAUUAUCUGGGAACUUGCGAACUUCCUUUCACAGUGUGCGCUAUGGUGAUUGUGCUGUAUCAGUAGCAGGGACGUAUCUACUGCCAAUGGCUCAAAGAAAGGCUCGAACUGGGCUGCAACACCGGGCCGCCGAGGAUCAAUCCAAUUCGAGACGGUCGAUGGUCGCGUGUAAUCGAUGCCGCAACCGAAAGACGCGAUGUGCUGGCAACCCACCUUAUGCGUGUGCGGCGUGUGCGGAGGUGGGCCACGAGUGUGUCUACUCUGAAGCCGAGAAGCGCGUGUCUAUUCCGGAAAGUUACUUUCGUCAGCUACGAUCUCAGGCCCAGGCCAACCGUCGAGCAGAUGAAGGUCGCUCUGUUUCCUUCCCAAACCCCCCUGCACCCAUUCAAAGCAGUCCGUCCAACGUUGAGGUGCCCCUCGAACGAGACGACUGGUGGUACAAUGGAACGGAGCAUCUGUUCCUGAAUCGGUCUGGUGAACAUCACUAUGUUGGAGCAUCUUCUACCACUCACCUGGCUAAACGCCUGAAUCCCACGUCAACUAACCUAGCAUGGGACGUGCGCCCACUAUACGAUGAUCCUUCAUCUUUACGUCGCUCAGCGCCUCGAGCUCUUCCUCAACUACCCCCAUUCGAAUAUGCGAAACGCCUGUACUGGGUACAGUACGUCUAUAUCGGAACAAUUUUCUCCCUGAUUCAGCCCCAUGAUUUUGAAGAGCGACUCCACAUAGUCUAUAGCCAACCUCCAGACUUGCUAAAUCGCGAGUCGUGUCUGGUUUACUGCCAGGUGUUACUUGUCAUAGCCUUUGGUCUUAUGUAUUCGGUGAACCAGUGGUCCGGUGAUGACGGCCCCCCUGGGUUCAAGUAUUUCAAGCAUGCACUACGCUUCUUACCCGACAUUCACGAGGAAGGCUCUAUAUUCUUCGUGGAGAUACUUUGCUAUGUCGCUUACUACAUGCAGAAUCUCAAUCGGCGCGACGCCGCCUUUCUUUACAUCGGACUUGCUCUUCGCAUGGCAAUCUCACUGGGUCUCCAUCAAGAGGUCCUCGACCCAGGAAUUAGUGAGGAGGAUCGAAAUCGCCGUCGGCGGGCUUGGUGGUCGGUAUACAGUCUAGAUAGGCUACUCUCCGUUAAGUCAGGCAAUCCAAUCACAAUUCAUGAUGAGGACAUCGGCACCACAUGGCCGCAGCCAGUCAGCGCCACCGAUAUGGUCCCUUGGCCAUCGGUUGUCCUCACAUACUAUACUCAGCUAUCCAGAAUACUGGGUAGAAUCGGGGAAGAGAUCUAUCGGAAGAAGCCGCGGUCGGGGUCCAACCUGCUAGCCUCGGUACAAAGCAUUACGGAUGAGCUUUCCGACUGGCUUCGACGAGUUCCCGAUCGAUUACGUAUAGACUUUUCCAGACUGGGUACACACAUUAACCGCGAGUCGGUGUCAAUAUUCCUACACUUCUAUUCGUGCGUCAACAUGACCGCACGGCCCUUGGUCUUCUAUGUAAUCCAGCGUCGGCUCGAUGCAGAGGCUGGUGGCUCUGCGACAGAUGACUGGAGGGAAGGACUAUCGCAGAAUACAGUAGCGGUAAUUGACAGCUGUGUCGCGGCAGCUCGGGCGACUACCCUUAUAAUGGAUGCUGCAGCGAAACAUAAUUUAGUUGCAACUUACGGCUAUCUCGACGGGGAGUACGUCUUUUCUGCCGCGCUCUUGCUUGUGAUGGUCAAUGCCGCAUUCCCGCACAACACGGCCAAUGCGCGGGCUAUGGAGAUAUCAAUAAGCUUGCUUCGCAGCAUGGCCGAUCGGGGUAAUACAAAUCUGGCUGCCCGACACUCGCUACUUCUUGAGCUGCGGUCAUCCAUCGGACAUAAUCGCGCGAGGACAGAAGGCGAUGCUGUCGAAGUGCCGAUAACGCCCAGUAGCACACAACAGACAACACCCUUGAAUAAUGUAGCCGGUCCGUCAACGAACAGUACGUGGACUCCACAGCAGGAUUUGCCGUCAAUGCAGGAGAUCUCGUUCAACUUUGAUAUCAACGACGACCCGGGCCUCUGGGAAGAAGUUUUAGGUCAGAUUGAUAUCGAUAUGGAUACUGACUGGAUUGAGAACACGCUGAAGAAGUAGAAGGGAUGCGCAGGUUCCUAUAUAUACAAGAGCGGGUCUAGGUUUAUGCCUCAAUGGAG